AGAGGGAGGGAGGCGGACGGCGCGUUUGUGGCUCUGGAUCUCGUCUCGUUGUGCCUUGUCAUCCUCGCCUCAUCAUGCCCAAAGGAUUCCUGGUGAAAAGGAACAAGAAAGCAGCGCUCGUUUCGUACCGGAUACGCGCGGAUGAGGAUGGAGGAUUCGCUCCAGAAUGUCAGAUCGCGCAAAUCGCCUGGUCUCCACCCGCACCCAGCGCGCCCAAGCCGGACAGCAUCACCUCAGCCUUCCCGUCGGACGGGGCAGAGGCGCCGGUGUCGGUCCACAGCGCCAAGCCGGUGCAGUUCGGCAAUCCGGAGACGGUGUACCAAGCCCUGUACAGCCCCACCCGGCCCAUCAGCAAGGAGCACGACAGGAAAUAUUUCGAGAGGAGUCUCAACCUCGGCUCGCCCGUCUCUGCCGAGUCGUUCCCGACUCCCGCCUCUUUCACCAGCCUGGACCAUCAGCUUCUGUUCGCGCCGGUGGACUUGAAAAUCGGCACCAGCAACAGUAACCGGAGCGGAACGGCGCCCGUCAUCCGAACCGGCGCCAAAAGACCUCCCUCGGACGCCGCCGAGCGUAAAAGCAGCAAAAGCGCCAAGAAGCCCAAAGCCAUACGCAAACUCAACUUCGAGGACGAGGUCACCACAUCCCCGGUGCUGGGCCUGAAAAUCAAAGAGGGGCCCGUGGACCUGAAGCCCCGAGCGGCCUCGGGCAACACCAACAGGCCCCUGGGGGAGUUCAUCUGCCAGCUUUGCAGAGAAGAAUACUCGGACCCGUUCUCUCUGGCACAGCACAAGUGCUCCCGGAUAGUGCGGGUGGAGUACAGGUGUCCCGAGUGCGAGAAGGUCUUCAGCUGUCCGGCGAACCUGGCCUCCCACCGGCGCUGGCACAAACCGCGCGUGCCAAACGCGCCCAAACAAGCCCUCCAGCCCGCCAAACCGUUCCCCGAGGAGUUCCCCGGCGACAGAGACACCCCGAGUCCGGGUCUGUCAGAGUCCGGCUCCGACGACGGGCUCUACGACUGCCCGCACUGCGGGAAGAGGUUCAAGCGCCAAGCCUACCUGAGGAAGCACAUCCUGGGACACCAGGCGCUCCAAAAUCAGCUCCUCGGAGAGGCUUUGCGCACCGCGGAGAGCCCCGACAUCGUGCCCACGGAGGACAGCCAAAGCCCGGGUCCGCUCAAUCUGAGCCCCGCGGACUGUCUCGCGUGUCCGGCUUGCGGAGAGAAGCUGCCCAACCGGGCGAGUCUGGAGCGACACCUGCGCCUCCUGCACGACGACUCCCAGGCGCUUCCCUGCAAGUUCUGCCCCGCCACUUUCUACAGCUCGCCGGGUCUCACCAGGCACAUCAACAAAUGCCACCCCACCGAAAACAGGCAAGUCAUCCUUCUCCAGAUGCCCGUGCGUAACGCCUGCUGAAGACGAACCCACAGCGAUCCGUCCUUUUAGAACCAUCGAUUUUCUUCAUCCAACCCCUCGCUAGAAAAGUCUGGAGAAAAGUAUUAGUUUGGUCCUUACAAAGGUAUUUUUCUAGAACCCUUGCACACAUGGUAAUGUAAUAGCUCCUAGACCUAAGAUAUGUUCCUGUACCUCUGCCUUGAAUUCACAUGCUGUGUGUUUCACGUCUGUAGCUUUAAUCUAGUAUGUGGAUUACGGGACUGAAAAUGCUCUCUCUCUCUCUCUCUCUCCGUACUGAAAACUACAUCAACAAAUCUUGAAAACUUUCCCUUUAGUAGCCAGAAAUGCCUUUAGAGAAAUACAUCAAACUACUGCCUUAAGAACUCUUCAGUGUAACGAUUGUUUCUGAAUGUCGGCACACAAUUACUGCUU